AUGUUUAACUGCUUCCAGCCGAAGACCGAAGACGAAAUGUGCGAGGAACGGUACCGUCUGGUGGUACUCGGAUCUGCAAAAGUUGGCAAGACUAAUAUCAUCCGUCGGUAUCUCUACAAUGAGUUUUCGAGCAAGUACAAGGAGACCAUCGAGGAUUUGCAUUCGAGAGAAUUUCGCAUCCAGGGUGUCCCAUUACCACUGGACAUUUUGGAUACCAACUUCAAUUUUCCUGAUAUGCGACGGCUCUCCAUUACAUCAGCAUCAGCGUUUCUUCUCGUUUUUUCAGUGGAUGACGUCACGAGUUUUAAAGAGGCAAGACAUCUGAAUACCAUGUCGGAUAUAUGGCAAGAAAUAUGCUCAAGACGUAGUGAUCUUAACGAGUUGCCAAUAGUGGUCGUGGGAAACAAAUGCGACGUUGAAAACAAGAAGAUCUAUGAGGAGACUGCAAAAGCAUUCACUAGCCGUUUGUCAUCCGACGUGCGUUAUAUCGAGGUCUCUGCAAAAGACAAUAUCAGGAUUACUGAUGUAUUCCGCACUCUUCUCGAAUUAUCCGGAUUCCCACGAUGCAAAGCAGGAGGUGGCAGAUUGGACGAUGUUGUUGAAGACGAGGAAACGAGAAGCAGUCCAUCGAUCAGAAGAUCGGCUACGGUGCGCGCGAAGUCUACAACUAAACGGGAUCCGCGGAGGGCUCUUAUGGAUGACGAGAACAAGAGCACUCCUAAGAACGGGUCUCAAUCUCCACGCGAGCAGCCGCAACUCGACAAGCAGGCUUCUCAUCCUGUUCUCGCCGUCCCUCUCCACAUUGGCGACUUGAAGCGAAACCUUUCUUUGAGAAUGAGAUCACCGCGUCGCGACAAAGAACAAGUGGAGAGAAAGUUGUCGGAUGAGCCGAAAAUUUCACGCAGCUCCAGCCUCAUUCGGAGAACAAAGCAUCUCUCCCUGAAAAUGCGUCGCCAUGGAGAGAAAAGUAAUCACGAGGAAGUGGUUGACGAAAGUGAUUGUAAAAUUCAAUAA